ACCUAACUUUGUCAUCCUUCAACCUUAAUAAAAACCCUCUCCUCUUUCUCAUACAUAUCAAACACUCUUUCUACUGCAAGGACCACUCUUGCAUUAGCACAUUGCCAAAGCAAAACACUACCAACCCCACUUCCCAGAAAAAAAAAAAAAAAACACACCACAAACAUGAACAAACAGGCUCUUUUCUCCCUCUCCCUUGUUCUAGUUUUCCUCUUCCAUUGCACCACAACUUUAGCCCAGCCAGCUCAGGCCCCGGCACCACCCGGGCCAACCAACGUGACCAAAAUCCUCGAAAAGGCCGGUCAGUUCACGAUCUUAAUCCGCCUCUUAAAGAGCACCAAAGUGGCUGACCAAAUCAACCAGCAGCUCAACGAUACAAACAACGGCCUAACCUUACUUGCUCCAAGUGAUAGCGCAUUUUCCAACCUCAAAUCCGGCACUCUUAAUUCUCUUACUGAUGAACAAAAGGUUGAGCUAAUACAGUUUCACAUCUUACCCAAUUUUCUAUCUAUGACAAACUUCCAAACCGUGAGUAACCCAUUGAGGACACAGGCUGGAGAUUCCAGCCCUGGUGAGUUCCCACUAAAUGUGACCACUUCAGGCAAUUCAGUGAACAUCUCCUCUGGUCUUGUCAAUACCACAGUAGGGGGUUCAGUUUAUUCUGAUAAUCAGCUAGCUGUUUAUCAAGUGGAUUCAGUGCUUCUUCCACAGGCAAUCUUUGCUCCAAGGCCUCCUGCACCAGCACCUGCACCUGCUGCUACUAAAGCUAAGACUAAGAAGAAGACUGCUGCGGGAAGUCCUGAUUCUGCCACAGCGGAUCAGAAUGGUGCAUUGAGUCUCAGACUCAGUAGACAUGGAUUUUUGUUGUCCAUUGGAGUUGCUGUGAUUGCAGCACUACUUUCUUUGUAACAAAGGGAACAUGAUGAAUUAUGCAUCAGCUGGAUAUAUACUUUUCUGGGGGUCCAAUUGUCGAGUCCCGUAUGAUUUUUGGUGAGUUGGAUUGAAGGGUCGUGAUCAAAACCGAGUGCUUUCAAAUAAUUUUCCAUUUUCCUAGCUGUCCCGUUAUGUAUAAUGCCAGUUUGUGAUGCGUACCAAUUUACUGUUAAGUUUUAAUCUUGAUUUUUUUUUGAGGGUAUUGUGUUAUUUUUCACUUCCAGCUUCCAUGUACUUGAGAAUCUUGUAUAAUUGAUUUUUCUAGAGAAGUUGUGUCA